UCAUGUUUUCAUAAUGUUAUUUACUAUGAUGAAUGUUUUUUAUUUUUUAUUUUAUUUUAAACACAUGCACAACGGAUACUGUUUUUAAUAUUUUUGUAAUUUUUCAGAUGGAUUUUCUGUUACCAUGUAUUCAGAGGUUGCAAAGUGAAGGAUUAAAUAAAUAUAGAUCUGUUAAAGUACUGUUUGAGAAACCCGUAACAAGGGAUUCUUUAUAUUUUCAUUAUUUCCCCCUGGCCGGAUCCAUCUCAUACUCUCUUCUUGCAGUUAAUGUUAUCCAUCCUUCACUCAGUGCCGCAGUCUACUCCAGAUUAGGCCUGUCUGAGGAUAUGAGUACAAACUAUGUUGUACUGUCAACUAUUGGACUCUCAUUCCACAUGUACAGUCGGCAAACACUAGCUUGCAAGGAUCUCCAGACUAGAGCAGGGUAUAGUAUUUAUCAUUCUGGUCUGUUUGUUUUGGGUUCAGUUCUUAGCUGGGCAAUUUGUUCCAGAUCUCUUCCUAGCAGCUCAACACUUAGAUUGGGAGUGGCUGUUGGAUCUUCAAUAUGGAUGUUAAACAUUGCUAAAAACUCUAUGGACAAUAUUGAUGCAAGAAUGGGAUUUACACUUGGAAAAUAGUUAUUUUUUUAAUAUCUUUACUUUACAACUAGUUAUGUUUUUUGUAAUUGCAUAAGUUAGUUUUGAAUACAUUCUGCUUAACACUCAA